GAAUGAAAUAUAGUUAUUUAUGUCAAUGAAUUGUCUUACAAAAUAUGUCUAUCAAACAUACUUUCAGUCAUGAACAUACUAUUCUUACAGUCUACUGAGCCAGUGAGGCACUACUUUUUUCAAUAUUUGUAUGCCUGCCCAGAGUUGUGCAACAACUAGCUGGUGCUUACAGCAUCCAGUCCUGAGGCCGUGGGCAAAUCCUCAAGGCUCUUGCAGACGGAGACUGUCAGACAGUCUAUGGCAUAAAAAUUAUUCUGUGGCAUCUAAAUAACUCAUUGUGAUUUGGGGCCACAUUGGACAAGUCUGCAUAGCUCCCACAAAUUGCCAAAAGAAUAAAAUUGGCCUGAGUUACAAAUUUUUUUCACACAAUUUCACAUUUCAAACUAUUCUAUUAUAUUUUAAUUGUUGAAUGUUGGUAUUGUUGUGUUUCAACUGAGUUUAAUGAGUUGCAAAAAUUCAUUGGAAAGUAAAAAUGAGAAUGAUGGACCUGGUGGAUCUUCAACCUCAAAUUUUUCCAGUGCUUUUGGCGCCCUCAAAGACACCACAGUGUAUGCCAGUGCUCAAGAUGUGCCUUCAGGCUGCCCCAAAGACCUGCAACUGCCAACACGGCUUCCUUCUAAGAACAGCAUCAUAGUGAGCUCACGACAGAGAGGCAACCCAUUGCUGAAGCACAUCCGCAAUGUCCCCUACGAGUAUGGCGAGAUUGUGGCCGACUACCUCAUGGGGGCCACAACCUGCGCUGUGUUCCUGAGCAUGCGCUACCACCGCCUCAACCCACAGUACAUCCAUGAGCGUCUCAAGCUUCUUGGCCAGCAGUACCAACUGAGAGUACUUCUACUACAGAUAGACGUGAGCGACCCGCACAAGGAGCUGCAGCAGCUGAGCCGCGUCAGUGUCAUGGCCGACCUGACGCUCAUGCUGGCCUGGAGCGCUGAGGAGGCCGCCCGGGUGCUCGAGGUCUAUAAAAUGUUCGAGCACAAGCCCCCUGACCUCAUCAUGGAGCGCCAGCACACUUCCACCACGCUCAGGCUGAUCGAGGCCCUGACGAGCGUGCACCGCAUCAGUCGGCCCGACGCCAUGACACUUCUCUCCAAUUUCGGCUCCCUCGAAGGCAUUGUGAAGGCGUCAAUACAAGAGUUAUCGACGUGCCCGGGUAUUGGGCCACAAAAGGCGGAGAAGUUGUACUCGACGCUGCACAUGCCUUAUGCCAAGCAAGGUGGCUCCACCGCGACCAGGCUAGCCACCUCCGCCAUAAGCCACGCCUUUUCUGGCAAAGAAAAACAGUUGUCCGUGAAUACGGGGAAGAAAACGUCGGAUGGUUGCGCUGGCCCGUCGUCCGUCACCUCGUAAAACGCGACAGAAUUAGAAAGUUUGGAGGUGUUUAUCAAUUCACUGCAUUGAUUUUUCUAAGAGAUUAGAUUAAGGUUAGGUGCUUCUCAGGGUAAUCGUAGUAUGCAUUCAAUCAGACACGUGAACGUGAUAAAGUGUAUACGUCGGCAUAUUUUCAUUCCCCCGUCCGCCAUUGGCGUCACUUGCCAGUUCUUCAAUGGACGACUCGCAUCUAACAAGUCUGAUGUUCAGCAAUGAAAGUAAUGUCUAUGACCCCAGUAUGUCAUGGCCCCAGCUUCCAUUUUUAUAGAUUCAUUUGAAUUUUUGAUCAAUGUUGAGCUGUGAUAUCAAAAGGUCCAUAUGAAAUAAGUAAAUGUU